CGCCAACAGGAGGAGAUGGCCCGGCACAGACAGGAGGUGGCCAGACAGUAUCAGCAGAAGCAACAACAGGCGGCCCAGGCCAGGAGACAGGUAGAGGCGAGGGCGGCGGCGGAGGCGGAGCUGAGGGCACAGCAGGAGAAAGCCAAGUACGAGGCCAACAUGCGGGCUUAUGCGAGAGCUCAGGCUGCUACAGUGGCGAAAAUGGCGCAGGCCAACCAACAAGCCCUCCAAAAUCCCUCAGUCAACAUGCCACAGCCGGGGCAGACCAUGGGACAGCCUACAGCCCAGACAUCCACCAACCGCCCAGCUAGCAACAGCUUCCUCGACAACUUCACUGGAGGAGCCCAAACCGCCAUCACCACAGGCCAGAACAACGUCAACAACGUGAACAACUUAGUACAACCACCAACGGCGCCAACCAAUCAAAACACGCAAGGAUUCUUCAGCGCCAGCAAAAAUGACCCACUUUCUGGCUCUAUAGCCAAUCAGGUCGACUCUUUCGCCAGCGCCAACCCGUACAGCGUAGCAGCAGCGCAGCAAAACGUCUACAGCAAACUCCAACCCACCUCCCUCCCCAACCGUCCACAGUACAUCCCAAACACAAACUUCCCCCAACAACCCCUCGCACCCUCUCCACAAUUCAGUAACGUCGCUCCAAGAUUUCAGCCAAUCAACAAGAACGUAAACUACAACGCCCCGCCCAAUCUGCCCUCGCUCAGCCAACCACGUCAGCCCGCGGGCGCGUUCUACCCACAAAGGCCAAUGGUUGCUGCAGGAGUUCCCAGCCCCUACCAGACGGCCACUCGCUACCCGUCUCUCUACAGCGCACAGCAAGCCAGCUGGCAGCGGCAGACAGCCAAUCAGAGACAAGCUGGCCCUAUGGAUCAAUAUAUGAUGUACCACAUGUUCCAGACGGCCGCAUAAUUAGACAAACCCUCUCCCUCCAACCUCGUGUAUUAGAUUAUAUUCAUUUUUUUUUUUUAAUUCCCGUGACAUGGGCUAUAAAUAGACUCGUUCUAAGACAUUUUAAAUUGAACAUCAGAACCGUCAAUUUUAUCAUUUUGGACAUGGCCAAGAAAGUCUGAAAUAAUAUAUAUUUUCGCUUUAUAGUUAUGGUAAAACUGUCAAAGUGAAACUUCUUUUUAAAAAAUGACACCUAACAGAAAAUCAUUUCUGAUAACAGCUGUGGACAAGGGCAAAUUAAAAAAAAAA